AUGUCUCAUACCCAGUCAGACGGCCGUGCGGGUGACCAGGUCCCUUUGAUUUUGGAGAGCCCUUUUUCCACGGUACUCCAUAUUUCUGAGCCUGGCGAUGAAUGUUGCCAGUCACAAAGCUCCCACACUGUACAGCAAGAGGCCUGCAAAAGCCAAGAGGAUGGUAAUAGCAGGCUGGUGGUGCCCCAAUCUCUUAUUUUGAGCACCCAAAGUCCAGUGGCCCAGAAGCUCGGCAGUCACCAGAUCAUCCCCAAAAACCUAGCGGUGACCAGCCGGCCCAAAAACCGUCAUCACACCACUGUGGUGACAUUCCCUGUUGGACUGGAGAAUUCCUGUCACGGAUCCCGAAUCCGACACUCAACGCAGGGGCCUGAUGUGAGCUGGGAGGACUAUGACAGUGAUGGAGAUGGCUUCGCUUUGAGGAGGAACCGGAGGAACAAGUCCUACAGAGCAGCAGUGACCAGCCUGGACAUUGAUGCCAUGGCGAGGGGAAAAGAGGCUGUUAACACACUCAAACCUGUAAAAGAAGGCCGAGCAUCCAGUCCCUGUGCAGCUCGCAGCCCUGGACGGAAGCGAACCCUAGGGAGAAGGAGGAACCGCAACCAGCGAGGGUCAUUCAAAGAUGCAACGCCGCGCCUCUACCAGGAGAUCCGAGAGCGUGGUUUGCACUCCACCAAUCAGGAUGAGCUGCUGGAUGACUUUGUGGUGGUGGAAGCGCCGGUGGAGGACCAGAGCAUUGUGGUAAAGAGCUACAGGCCGGCGCAACUCACCUGGAGCCAGCUGCCACAGGUGAAGGACAAUGGGAUCCUGAACAUGAUCUCACCUCAAGAGAGAAAAAGACAAGAGGCAAUCUUUGAAAUAAUCACAUCAGAACACUCCUACCUGCACAGUUUAAGCAUCCUGGUGCGACAUUUUAAGGAGAAUGAAGCUCUGAAGAGGACCAUGACAACAACUGAGCACCAUCACCUCUUCUCCAACAUCUCUGUUAUCCACCAAGUCAGCAAACGCUUUUUUGAGGAUCUCGAGCGACGUCACUAUGACAACCCUGUAAUCAGGGAUAUUAGCGACAUUGUUCAGAACCACGCCGCCCACCACUUUGACCCUUACAUCGUCUACUGUUCCAAUGAGACCUUUCAGCAGAGGACAUUGCAGAAGCUCCUGAGCAGUAAUGGUGCAUUUAAGGACACCCUAAAGCAAAUUGAAGGGAGCAGUGAAUGCGGAGGCCUUCCAAUGAUCUCUUUUCUCAUUCUUCCCAUGCAACGGGUUACCAGACUGCCACUGUUGCUGGAUACUAUUUGCCAGAAGACACCUGACAAGACCGCUGAGUAUUUUGCUGCGGUCUGGGCGUUGCAUGCCAUCAGCAAGUUGGUCAGCAGCUGCAAUGACGGUGCUCGGCGGAUGGAGAGAACAGAGCAGAUGUACACCAUUCAGAAACAGAUGGAGUUUGGUAAAAUCAAGCCAUUUCCACUGGUGUCGUCAUCACGCUGGCUAAAGAAAAGCGGCGAGCUGGCUGUCGGCGGUGAAGAGCUAAGUAUCUGGAGGGCCUUCAGUAACAGGAGCAACUACUUGUUUCUCUUCAAUGAUGUACUCAUUGUCACCAAGAAGAAGAGUGAGGAGAGCUUUGUGGUGAUGGACUACGCCACCCUAGAGAACGUGGAAGUGGAAGUCAGCCAGGAAACGGACAGUCAGACAUCGUCACCCGGCAAGAACAGCGCCAGCCAGUAUCUGUCCUUCAGGCUGCUCAUGAGCAAGAACAGCGAGGGCCGACCAGAACGCAUUACCCUUGUGGCAGAGUCGAGGGUGGAUCGGGCCCGUUGGAUAGUCGCGCUCACUGAACACAAGCAGACAGAGUUUUUCUCCUGUAAAGACGAUCUGUCCCAGUAUGAGGCCACCAAAGCCUACAUGCCCAAAGAGCCUGACGAGCUAGGACUACGGCAAGCAGAGCUUGUUAUUGUCCAAACGAAGGAGGAAGACUGGUGCUACGGGGAGCGCAUGCGUGACGGCGAGAGAGGCUGGUUUCCCACCAACUGUGCCACAGAGAUCACCGACCCCACAGCCAUUGAGGACAACAUGCAACGAAUGAGGCGCCUGCGCAAAGAAACCAACGUUUGA